AAUGGUUAGAUUUAUGAGGGCUUUGUGGAUUAUGACAGUUCCGAAAAUAUUAAAAUAUUUGAACGUGUUACAGACAAGUAAUGCCAUUCAUAUGGCUCAAUUACUGGCUUAUUUAGUUGGAUUUUGGCUAUCUUCUGCCGGUUUUGUUCAUUUGGUAGAAACUUCUGGUGAUCCAUUUAAUAAUUGGGAAAACAAUCAGUACUUAAGCUAUUGGGAGUGCUUAUAUUUUUUGGUUAUUACAAUGUCAACCGUUGGAUAUGGUGAUGUGACCUGUGUGACCGUUAUCGGAAAGUCAUUUAUUAUCAUAUUCAUAAUUGGUUCAAUGUAUCUAUUCGCUAGAAAUAUUGAUGUUAUUGUUCAAAUUAUCGGUAAAGCCGGUAAUAAUAAUUGCUCUUACAAGAAACCAGCUGGAGUAAAGCAUUUGGUAAUCGUCGGUUCGAUAACGUACUAUUCGGUAAAGAAUUUUGUAGAUGAGUUCCUUCACGUUGAUUGGCAACAGAAAAAUCUUACACUCAUCUUUCUAAAUAAACAGAAACCUGAUUUGAGGACAUAUACAAUCUUUAAAAAAAACUUUACAAACGUAAAAUUCUUUAUGGGAACGCCUAUGAACGCCUACGACCUUGGAAGAGUUAAGCUAAAGGAGGCAGAAGCUUUUAUCGUGAUGGCUAAUCCUUAUACCGGUAAUAGAGACGAGGAAGACGCUUCAAACGUACUAAGAGUGAUAGCCGCUAAGAAUUAUCACCCAAAAAUAAGAAUUAUUGUACAGUUGUUAAGCUAUCAAAACAAAGGUCAUUUAUUAAAUUUAUCACCUUGGAGCGAAGAUGAUAAAAUCAUAUGCGAAGAUGAAAUUAAAUUAGGUUUUCUAGCGCAAAGUUGUGUUGCACCUGGUUUUUCAACUUUAAUAUCCAAUCUAUUCGUAUUGAAGAACGCUAAAAACUACGAAAAGAAUUGUCGACAUGGAUAUUACAGAUGGCAUUCAAAUUAUGUAACGGGUUCCGAUAUGGAAUUAUAUACUUGUAAAUUCUCUGAAUCGUUUUAUGAAUAUACUUUUGUUGAAGCUGCCGAAAUUUGCUAUACUAUGUGCGAUUUAUUACUAAUUGGUAUAAAAUCAACAAAUUUCUGUGGGAAAAAGCGAAUUAUUAUGAAUACCUAUUCGAAACAUACUAUUGGUCAGGAUUCUGUUGGAUUUUUUAUAUGUAGAUCUAAGGAUUCGCUUAGGAAACUUAAUCAUUUAUGCAAAUUAUGUCACAUUGAUAAUAAGAUGACACCGUUGCAAAAAUGUAAAUGUAGACAAUCGAAACUUAGAUUAUUUGUUGAUAUUGGAUCCGGAUGUGACGGAAAUAUCAAUUCAAACUUUCAAUAUGAACAUCGAAAUGUCAGAAAGAGAAUUAAUAAAGAUUUCAAUAUCUUAAUUUCUGAUAAUUAUUCAAAUCGUGAUGAUAUUUUCGAUUUCACCGGUUUAUUUCAUUGGUGUCCAGACGUUCCACUUGAAAAAGCAAUAUGGGGUUCACCAUUAAAUAGAGCAAAUUUAAGAUCAGUUCAAUUGGAUCAUUGUCGAAUGUGCGUCAUUAUUAAAAGCUAUCAGACAAUGGAAGAUCGUAUCUUAGCCGAUAAAGAAUCUAUCAUAUGCACACUUGGAAUAAAAUCUAUGAAAUUUUAUAAAUUAGUUGAUUUGGAAGGAGACAGUUUUUGUUGUCGUAAAAUGGUUAUGAAAACAACAGCAAGUAUCAAUGAAGAAAUCGAUAAAAAGAGAAAAAGUUCUUCCUAUAAGAUGGAGAUAAGUAGUUCAAAGGUACCAUUGAUAACGGAUGUAGAAUGUAAUUCCAACGUUCGAUUUCUUGAUGUUGAUAAUUUCCACGACCCUAAACUACCUUUUAGAAUGUCAUUACCAUUCGCAUGCGGUAGUGUAUUUACAUCAUCUCUAUUAGACUCGCUAUUAUGCAAUACGUAUUUCAAUCCGGAAAGUAUCAAUAUAAUUAGAAUUCUUUUAACUGGAGCCGUUCGACCAGAAUUAGAUCAAAUGAUGGCGGAAGGUGUGGGUAUACUAAAAGGUUCAGAAAGCACUAAAGAUCAAUUAAGCAAGAAACAGUGCAGUAUUCAUCAAUUAUCAAUGGAUACAUUUUUCAAAGAGUAUAUUGACAAGACGUAUAGUGAAAUGUUUCUAUCUUUGCUGAAAGACUAUGGUAUUAUAUGCCUCGGCUUAUACCGCCAAUUGGAAACGGCUGAACAGUCUGGUUCAUAUGAAAGGUUUGUCAUAACAAAUCCACCUGGUUAUAUACUUCUUCAAAAUACAGAUUUGGUUUAUUGUAUGGUUCCCUUUAAAACUCAAGUUGGCGAUGAAAAGUAA